AGUGUCGUAACCUAUCAUUUUCACGUUUCGGUAUUUUCAUACGGUGUAAGUUACGUAAAAUCGCGUAGUUAACGCUGGUUCACGUGCUACGGAAUAAUUUUCUGAUCAAACGUGUGUGUAAUGUGAGAUCCUUCACACAUCUGAGGCAUGGCUAUCAUGCAAUCCUGUUGCUGCUGGCGGUCCGUGAGGAGGGGUAGCUUCGCGUGCGCUGUUUAUUCCGGGAUUUACUUUACCGUAUUGGCGUUAACCACGGGCAAAGUGCUCCAGGGGGAGAGUCAAUAUCUGCAGGGGAAUCGUUCAUUGCCAGAAUCCACCAGCUUCCUAGAACCGGACACCAUAUCGCCCACAACGGUACGGUUUAACGUGACGCUGCUUAUAUGCUCGUGCUGCGGUGUGAUUUGCAGCAUCCUGCUACUCUAUGGCCUGUGCAAGGAUCAACGUGUCUUUCUCGUACCUUGGAUUAUCGUCGUCAUCACGAUCUGCUUCGUCGAUGUGGCACAUUCCUUGUACUUGUUUGUCUCUGCCUCCAAUUUUGACCCAACAAAAGUGAUGCUAUACACGUUGAACUUCUUCCUUCUGUGUCUGAACAUAUAUUCCCUGUUGUGCGUGAUCUCCCAGUAUCAAGAAUAUAUGGCCGGUCGAGGAACGGCCGCGGACGACUACGAAUACAGGGUCAGUAUUCUGAGAGUCUCUCAACGGAAAGAGGACCGUAAUAAGGGACGAAAAGUUCCAGCAGUGAGGUACGCUAUUCAGCCGCCGACUACGACCGCCACGUCUUGCCUGAGUUCUCGAAGGGCGGCAACUAACAAUGAAACCAAAGCAACCGCAACCCCGACGCAGAGUCCUACAACCGGUCAGAACACCCUGUCCUCGGAGAAGAGUCCUAUCACAGGACGACCGUCCAGGAAACACGUCCAGUUCCCUGACAUGGCAACCGACAACCAGAAAGGAAAAUCCGAAGUUCCAAUCGGGGCGUUGGUACUUAAAAUGGAAACAGAGAACGAACACACGACAUCGUCGGCCUCGUUGAAGCUCGAGGAGGCCACGACGAUCGAUCAGGUUCUUGAGUCUCAAAAAAGUAGCUAUAGCCAACAAACUUGAAGUCCAGAGACUGUCUCUGUGGUUGACGUAAACGCUAAUGACAAGAUCUUCCUCUUGCCAGUUAACUGCCGGUUCUUUUUGCUGUCGAACAAAUUUGUUCGACUCGCGAAUGGUUCCACCAAUGAAUAAUUUAUCCUCAUAAGAGAAGUGUUCGAGUACAAGUUGGUCCAAACAAGAAACCAGAGGUCAAACACCGUCGUUGUGUCGGUUCACUCAAAGCGGUGACCAAUUCGUUGUAUCGUCAGUUUGAUCGAUCGCCAGCUUUACUUUCGCGAGUUGCCAACCGACAGAAUCUACAGAUCCAACAACCCAAUGGUUCUUCGAACUUCUCGCGAUAUAUUUACCGGAAUAAGAUAGUACUACAUUUAGUCGAGCUAUUUGUCGUGGAAAAUCGAUCGAACUCGACCUUUACGAAGCGUCGCCUCGUAGAAAUUUGUCAACCGUUGUGACAUCGUCUUUUUCGAAGCAGGUUGAGAUUCGCGCGUGAUUGACGUUUUAAUGCCGAGUGAGAAUAAAUCGAGACAUUACGUUCUUUCGAUUAUCACGAAAAUAGAGGGGAACAGAAUCAAAGGCGACCAAAUCGAAUGUAAUGACAAACGUUUGCACAAUUGUCGAUCAAUAUUGACACCAUUCGGUUACUAUUCUGUCACCGCGGUAACGAACAUUGAUCUUUCAAUUGAAAAUGGACGCUUCAACUAUUCUAGAAGCACUUCGGAGAUUGGUCAGUUUAAUUCAGCUUCCGAAAAUAUUGCGAAAUGAACUUUGGAAAAAUAUCUCUGUAUCUGUGAAAGAGCACAGGGGUGUACGACUAACGUGUGAAGCUGAUCGCAUAUUUUAUGUAUCAUAUUUUUGUAUUAUACAUUUUUAGACAGAUCUGUAUUUUCGAGCGAGAAGAGAACAUUCUCUUGUUUACACUGCAAUUUUUUCGCAAAACGCUCGUCGAAUCGAGAUGCUUGUUCUUUGAUUUCUAUUACGGAUUACACUGCUCGAAAUUUACUC